AGUACGAAUACGUAGAACGCACUUCUGCAAAGACCCCAUGAGACUAAACCAAAUGCGCGGGGGUGAAGAAAAAUAGGAAUUUCAUCAAUCAAAAAGCACAAUCAACAAUAUACUAUACACUGAUCUAUGUUGUUUGUAUAUCGUACGCAUGGAUUCACACACGUUUCUGAGGUGGCAUUAAAAUAAAACCCAAACGGCGAUUUGUCUCUGUUUCCCCCUCUUCGUGGAAUGGUUGAUCCUGUACCGGCUGCGUGUUAGUAAAGAUGGCUGUGAACCGUGGGUUGCAUGUGUGCUAUUAAGUACUGAAUAUCUGCUUCUGUUUUCAUGAAAAAAAAGACACGUACCAAAUAGUUGAGAGGAGUUAAACGAACCGCACAACACAAACGCAAAUGACUAGUGACAAGGAAAUUGAAGCCGUUGGCAAAACGCUGGUGGACGCGAAGCAGUCUCUGAAAGCUCGUUUUCGGGCUCUCUUCACCCUGAGGAACCUCGGGGGCAAGGCAGCCAUAGACUGGAUAAGCCAGGCGUUCAGUGACGACUCUGCUCUCCUGAAACAUGAGCUGGCUUUCUGCUUGGGGCAGAUGCAGGAUGAAUAUGCAAUUCCAGUGCUGAUCAAAGUGCUUGAAGAUACAAACCAAGAGCCAAUGGUUAGACACGAAGCAGGGGAAGCGUUAGGAGCCAUCGGAAACCCCAAAGUGGUGGAUGUACUGAAGCGUUACUCUGAGGAUCCGGUGAUAGAGGUUGCUGAGACCUGUCAGUUGGCGCUGAGUAGAAUUGAAUGGCUGAGCAGCGCUUCGGAGCAGUGUGGAGAUGAGAACCCCUAUUUAUCUGUGGACCCCGCACCGCCAGCCCAGGAGAAGGACGUCCAGAAACUGAGAGCCAGGCUCCUGGGCGAGGACCUGCCUCUCUUUGAGCGCUACCGCGCCAUGUUCGCCCUCCGGAACCUGGGCACAGAGGAGGCUGUGCUCUCCCUGGCAGAUGGUCUGCAGUGUGGCAGCGCCCUGUUCCGCCACGAGAUCGGUUACGUCCUGGGGCAGAUGCAGCACGAGGCCAGUGUGCCCCAGCUGAGCGCGGCUCUGGCCAGGCAGGAGGAGAACGCCAUGGUGAGGCACGAGUGCGCGGAGGCGCUGGGCUCCAUCGGAAAGGAGUCCUGUCUGCAAGCACUGCGCACCUUCCUGGGUGAUGAGGAGAGGGUGGUGCAGGAGAGCUGUGAGGUGGCCCUCGACAUGCACGAGUAUGAGAACAGCGACCAGUUCCAGUAUGCAGACGGGAUACUCAAACUGCAGGGGGCGCAAUCAUGAAAUGACUGACUGACACGGAAGUUUUUGAUUGCACACUGAUCUCCUGUUCCGUAACAGUUUCAAUCUAGCUAACACGAAUUCGCACUACAGCUAUGAGGCCCAAAUUCUUUCUGCCUUUUUUUUUUCAUUCUGUCUGUUUUUUACAUUUAAAAAAUAAGAGUAAUUUAUUUAUAAACAAUAUAAGUAUGCAGCAGAUAGUAAAAUCAAGAUAAAUAAUUAUACUGCCACACAGCAGGUCUGUUGUUACAGAUGGGUGAAAUCUAACUGUUGUUGGUUCUAUGUUAAAAAGAAUUGGUGGGGAUAAAAAAGGCAUAUAUGUAGCCUUGCUCUAUAUAUAUAUAUAUGUAUGUAAUUAGUCAGAUUUUGUUUCAUUCAUUUUCCCAUGCUUUCUUGUAGUUCAUUAUACAUCAUAGCUCUAUCCGAUAAUGCCCACCUGACCACCAGAAGUGAUUGCAUCUUGAAUGCACAUGUACUUCAUAUGGGAUUAAGCCAGUGUUAAAUAAAAGAUGGUGGGCGGUGAACAUAUCUUCUUCAGUCUUACCAUGUGACGCCAUUAAGCUGUCUCCCUCUCAAUUCUUUAAGCCCUGUGCCAAGAGGAGGAACAUAGAAAUGAGUUUGUGAAUCCACAGUGCGUUUAGAGUGAAAACAUUGGCAGUGUAUUUUUUAUUUGUAAGAUUAGGUUACCUGCUUUUGUACGGGUUGGUUACAGAGUAGCCCACUUUGCAGUGCUGCUGUGGAAGAGGCAGUGUUUACAGCAGAGCAGUACAUGAAGUAGGAGGCACCAUGUGACUGCAGACUCCUACUCGCUGCUUGUUCAUUAUGUGCAGUAACAAGCAUUAGAAUGAUUCAUGUAGAAUAUCAUUUAUGAGAUAAAGCAUCUUAACCUGAAGAGAGCUUUCUCAUUAGGAGUCAUUUCUGACAAUUUCUGUCAAUUCUGACAAUUUCUGUCAUCGACCCCUGAAGGGGAGAGGAAGUGGAGAAAAGAAUAGCUGCAAACUUCUCAAAUAAUUUCGCCGUUUAUCAAAACCUUUUCAUGGAUGGCAUCUUUGUCAGCAAUACACUUACGAAGGCACUUGCCAGACUGUGAGAUCUGAAAGUUUCUGUUGAAAUGUUCUCACUCUUGCUGCCAUCAACAGAAGUUGCUCGUGUGGCCAGGCCUUAAGGAUACGAUCAUUUCUCUUUGCCUGUGUUAUAACCAUAUCAGCAAUGCAUUUAAUAAAUAGAAACAGACAGCCAGCCAACAGAGCGGGAUUAGGAGCAGGGAGGGAUAGAGGAUCAUGAGCAGAAAGUAUUAACCAUAACGAGAAGUCUACGAAUAAGCUGUGCAGCAUUCAACAAACCUCUACUGAGACAGAGAGAGAGAGAGAGAGUGUAGCGGAUCUGAAAACAUAAUCAACAGAACAAUGCAUCCGAUCAUGCUUGGAAUUUGCGUGGUAAACAUAACCAUGACCAUCACGUACUGGUCAUUCAUCCUGGCAGAAGUCAUUUCGAAAGGAGGAAAGGUUGAGGAGGAGAAAAAACCUAACCCAGCUUAAAAAAAAACCCCCAAACA